UCGGCGGCUCCCGGCGCGCUCCGGGAACACCCGGGCGGAGGAGGGCCGCGGGAGGACAGGCGGAACGCGGGCGCGCGGAACACGCGUCCAGCCGGGCCAUGAGCGCAGGAGCCGCGGUCGGGGCGGGACUUCCGGCGCGGGGCGGAAGUGGCGGCGGCGGCAAGUGGAGAAACUGGACCGGUGGUCGGAUGCUGGCGGCGCGGCACGUCGUGUGCGCCCUGUCCGGCGGGGUGGACAGCGCCGUAGCCGCGCUGCUGCUGAGGCGGAGAGGUUACCAAGUGACAGGGGUAUUUAUGAAGAACUGGGACUCUCUGGAUGAACAUGGAGUUUGCACUGCUGACCGAGACUGUGAAGAUGCUUACAAAGUUUGCCGAAUCUUAGAUAUCCCUUUUCAUCAAGUGUCCUAUGUGAAGGAGUAUUGGAAUGAUGUCUUCAGUGAUUUUUUAAAUGAGUAUGAAAAAGGAAGGACUCCUAACCCUGACAUAGUCUGCAAUAAGCAUAUCAAAUUCAGUUGCUUUUUUCGUUAUGCUAUGGAUAAUCUUGGAGCAGAUGCCAUUGCCACAGGUCACUAUGCAAGAACCUCGUUGGAAGAUGAAGAAGUCUUUCAGCAGAAGCACGUUAAGAGGCCAGAAGGGCUUUUCAGAAAUCGGUUUGAAGUCAGACAUGCGGUAAAACUUCUCCAAGCAGCUGACAACUUUAAAGACCAGACCUUCUUUCUCAGCCAGGUUUCCCAGGAUGCCCUGAGAAGAACUAUCUUCCCUCUGGGGGGAUUAACGAAAGAUUUCGUAAAGAAAAUAGCUGCUGAGAAUAGACUUCAUCAUGUGCUUCAGAAAAAGGAGAGCAUGGGCAUCUGUUUCGUUGGUAAAAGAAAGUUUGAACGUUUCAUUCUUCAGUAUUUGCCUCCUCGCCCUGGCAAGUUCAUUUCUAUAGAAGACAAUACUGUCCUGGGAACACAUAAAGGUUGGUUCCUGUAUACGCUGGGCCAGAAGGCUAAGAUCGCCGGCUUGAGUGAGCCCUGGUACGUGGUGGAGAAGGAUGGUGCCAAGGGCAACGUGUUCGUGGCUCCCCGGACAGACCAUCCAGCCCUGUACAGGGACUUGCUUCGCACCAGCCGUGUGCACUGGAUCACGGAGGAGCCGCCUGCCCAGCUGGUGCGGGACAAGAUGAUGGAGUGCCACUUCCGAUUCCGCCACCAGAUGGCACUAGUGCCCUGCGUGCUGACCCUCAAUCAGGAUGGCACCGUGUGGGUGACAGCUGUGAAGGCUGUGCGGGCGCUCACCCUGGGACAGUUUGCCGUGUUCUACCGAGGGGGUGAGUGCCUGGGCAGCGGGAAGAUCCUGCGGUUGGGACCGUCCGCCUACACACUACAGAAGGGCCAGAGCAAAGCCAGAGUGGCCACUGAGGUCCCAGGCGAUGACCCAGGCCUAUGUCCCUCUCCCUGAAGGAGGCUGAGCUGCUGGGAGGAGUUCAUGAGAACAGAGCUGAGGGCGGCGGCCAGUGGGCAGUCCAGGUGAUAGAAAGCCUUGUUUGCUGCUGUUGAGCCAGGAGAGGCCUGGCUGGAUUUCCCAUCCCAGGCCAGGCUGGUCAAGAGCCAUGAGAGCCCCAGGGAGGGCCCCGUCUUCUCCAGGUUGGAGCUCUGUCUGGCCACAAGCAUUUGUUGGCUGGUGGGCCUGUCUGAGUGUCCUAUCUAUAGAGUGCUCUUCCCACCAAGGGGACCUUGAAGGGGCUGUGUGGGCUACAGGGAUAAGACAGUGCUGAAUAAAAAGUCUGUCAGGGAUGUGGAGUCUAAAUGCUGCCUGCAGUAGGCCCCAGGAGAGCCCGGCUAGGCUGAGGUGGGGGCUCCAUGCCACUGACCCUUCUGCAAUGUGGACAGGCAGGGGGACCACAAGUGCCUCUCAUUCACUGGACCAGGGUCCCCAGUGCUCUGCCCGAGGAUUGGGGCCUCCAGGACACUGACCCCAGAGUAUCUGCCCUGGGCAAUGUGGACCCAUGUUCUUGGCUCCCUUUCUGUGGGCACUUUGGUUUUUUAAUUUUAUUUAUUUUUUUUGAGACAGAGUCUCACUAUGUCGCUCUUGGUAGAGUGCUGUGGUGUCCCAGAUCACAGCAACCUCAAACUCUUAGGCUUAAGCAAUUCUCCUGCCUCAGCCUCCCAAAUAGCGGGGACUAUAGGUGCCCACCCACAACACCUAGCAAUUUUUUAUUGCAGUUGUCAUUGUUUAGCUGGACUGGCUGGUUUUGAACCCACCAGCCUUAAUGUAGAUGGCUGGUGCCAUGCUACGGGUGCCGAGUCAAUUCUGUGGGCACUUUGUUGAUGCUUCAAGACAGGUGCCUGUGGGGACUAGAAGGUUCCAGGCCAGAGGCAGCAUGUUCAGCCCACACUGAGUACCAGCUGGUCAGGGAGUCAGACAUGGCCCUGUCCUAAUGUUGAGUGGGUUAGGGGAGGGCUGUUGAACAGAGUGCAGAAAUUUUGAGGACGUCUCUUCCCUGUUGUGGGUCCUCACCCUUGGCUCAGAAGCCACUGGGACUGAGGGUCAGAGCUUUUGGUGGUGGCAGGGUCACAGCCCUCCCUGGGACAGACCAGAGGGGACUGGGUUGAACAGGUAGCCACAGAGGUUUGGGCAAGGGUGGCAGUGGGGUGGUGGGGAGGAUCUAGGAAAGGCAGACAAAAAGGAGCAGAAGUCCAGGGAGGAGCUGGUGAAAAGGACAGCAGUGGGGCCGAGAUGGCCAGGAAAGCUGGGCACUGGCCAGGGGUCUUGCCCACACACCCUCAUACAUCAGGAUGGGGGUGGCCACUGAGCCCAGCAUUUGUCCUACUUGCUACCCAGGGUGGGAUUGGAGGGACAAGGAGGCCAAGGGCCCGUCUCUGACCAGGAUUAGACCACUCUCAGGGACUUCUGGGUCUGGUGUGGAGAGGCUGGGAGACCCGAGUCAGCUGGGAACAAGUGGCACAGCAGGGGUGGGGGCAAGGGGGCAGGAGGCUGAGGCCUGGGAGUUGCAGGACUGGAGGGACCCCCUGUGUGGACUGAGUGUGGAACUAGCAUGUGAAACACAGGCUGCAGUGGCGCUGUGGAAGGUUGUACCCACCGCCCGUGAGCGCGGUGGCGCUGGAGAAGGUUGUACCCACCGCCCGUGAGUGCAAUUGCGCCGCAGUGGCGCUGUGGAAGGUUGUACCCACCGCCCGUGAGUGCAAUUGCGCCGCAGUGGCGCUGUGGAAGGUUGUACCCACCGCCCGUGAGCGCGGUGGCGCUGGGGAAGGUUGUACCCACUGCCCGUGAGUGCAAUUGCGCCGCAGUGGCGCUGGGGAAGGUUGUACCUACCACCCAUAAGCGCAGUGGCGCUGGGGAAGGUUGUAACCACCGCCCAUGAGCGCAGUGGCGCUGGGGAAAGUUGUACCCACCGCCUGUGAGGUCGGUAAACCAGUGGGAGAGGCAGACGUGGAAGGAGAGAUGCGGAUUACGCCCACUGUCUCCCUACCUGCAGCCUCCAAAGCCAUGCUCAGGGUGGCGGCUCGAGAUAGGGCAGCACAGUGAGAGAGCAGUGGCUUACUGCCUAUAGAGUGAAAUGUGAGGACGGGUCUCAGAUACCAGAGCAGGGGCUGCCCUGUUGUCCCUCUGGGCAGGAAGGGAGUACCUUAUCCUCUGUCACUGGUCACUGAAGAUCUCCCCAUUCCGGGGGUCAACCCCAGCCCCCGCCUGCCCUCUUCCGUAGCCCUCCCUGUCUCUUUGCUGUGCACUCUGCCUUCUGCCAAGGCCCUGCCCAGUGGGAAGUGUCCCGGGAGCAUAGCAGCCCCCACUGGGUGGGACCAGGAGGAGCCAGGAAAGGCCUGUGCAACCCAGGCCUGGAGGCAGGCCCAGUUCCACCUUGUAGACAAGUCCUAGCUGGUGGGGACCCUCAGAUCGGCUGAGCAUGGUGGCUGGGCUGAAAGGCCAUCUUUGCUCUGACAGCUCAAAGCUCAGCACAGACUCCUGGGCUCCUUUCCCCGACACACUGUGCUGGGAACUAAGGUCCCAUUGUGCUGUCCCAGGCUGACCCACCCAGGUCACAGAAAUAUGAGGAUGGAGUAGGGGUAGCUGGUCAGAAGUCAGUGUGGACCCCAGGCCAGCCAUAGGUGAGGCUACUCAGUGUAGCCCCCACUGGCUCUGCCGUCCCAGCAGCCUCAGAGCCUGUCUUUGGCCAGUGGAGGAAAAGAAGGGGGCACUUGGCCUCUGCUCCUCCAAUCCCCAGCAUACACCCAUGGCAGUGUCCCAACCAGCAAGUCUCCCCUCUGCCAUGUGUACAGCUAUCAGCCAUGUCCCUUCGAGGCCACCAGCCAACUAUGGAGAGCUCUUUGAGCAAUACUGCAGAACUUUAGUAGAAGCUGUCAGCCAGGGGGUUCCAUUAUGCCAAGUCUAAGCAUCACUUGGGUGGGGGCCAUCAGAUUCCACAGGCUGUAGCCCUUGGAUUCCUUCAUAAGACCUGGGCAGGCCAGAGGAGCAGGGCUGGGAAGUAGCCUCUUCUUUGCAGAGGCAUUCCCUCCACCCUUGGGCUCAGGCCCCAGCCACCAGCCAUGACUAAGAAUCAAGAGAGGGCAGCUGGGCACAGUGGCUCAGGCCUGUAGUCCCAGCAUUUAGAGGCUGAGGCAAGAGGGUUGCUUGAGGCCAGGAGUUUGAGACUAGCCUGAGGAAGAGCAGGAGAGACCCUGUCUGUCCCUGUCAGAGAAAAAAAAGUUAGCCGGGCAGGUGGUAGGCUCCUGUAGUUACAGCUACUUGGGAGGCUGAGGCAGGAGGAUCACUUGAGCUCAGGAGUCUGAGGCUGCAGUGAGCUGAGUGGAUACCACUGUGCUCUGCACUCUCGGCCCAGAGCAGAGCUGGAUGCCUGUCUGCACCUGCUCCCUGCUCGUGACAUAAAGGAGCUUGUGGUCCUCGAUAUCCUCUCCUCCCCAUGUUUCCAGAGCAAUCUCCAUGAGAUCCAUGGAUCCUAGGACAGCGCCCCUCUCCUCACAAUUGGGUGGCUCCUUCCCCAGGCCUGAGCCAGUUUCAGAUGCCCUCAGCUGCUCUCUGCCCACAGUCCCAGCUCCAACAUUGUCCGUGACUGGACUCCUUCCCUUGCCUGGUCACUCACUAUCUCCUUGGGGGGGUCUUAACAGGCCUGCCUCUGGGGAGGCUGAAGCUGGCACUGGAGAAGUGGCCCAGCCUCGCCUGGUGGUUUAGAUGUUCUGUAGCUUGGGUGCCGCUCACGCUGGUGUCUGUGCUCAGCCGUGAUCACGGGGGACGUGUUCUGCCCUUGUCUGCUCUUGGCAGUCCUCGGGAGGACGCCAGGCCCAGCUGGCCCGCGGCUUUCUCAGAUACUUGCUUCCUUGUUAGUCAUGGCUUUGGGGUUGAGAUAGGUCUGUCCCAUUCUGUUCACUACCAAUCACUCUGGAGGGCAAACGGGAGGGGUACGUGGGGGAGGAAGUAACGUGUAAAAACUGCCUUUGACUUUAGGGGUGUUCCAGGCUUUUCUUGUGCCUCUGUCAGAUUGGACCUGGGGGUGGCCCUAAUCUCUGGCACCAGGCCUCCAGAGGGGCCAGAGAAAAGGAAAGGAACACUGUGGGCUGAAGAGUGCUUGUUAUUUUUCUCUCUGCUCUACUUUUUCCGGAGGGGGAGAGGAUGCAGUUGGGCAGAUGUGUGGGGCAAGGCAGGUGGCUAGAAACCAGGUGAAAAACCUGGGAGAAACCUACCUUUCUGGACAGAGGAACCAAGAAAAGAGGCCCUAGGAGUUAAGAGUGAGUCAGAUCCCAGCAAGGGGGAAGCUGGGGAAGCAGCCCCCUAGGGCUCCCCAUGUGUCAGCACAAACCCUCACUUGGGUGCCACAGCUGACCAGAGACUGGGCCUGGCCAGCAGGUGGUGGGAACCUAACUGGGCUGCUUGGUGCUGAAACAAACAAAGUAACAUUUAAAACAGAGGCUUUUGAGGUGGGUGGAUUGCCCUGAGCUCACAGGUUUGAGACUAGCCUGAGCAAAAGUGAGACCCUGUCUCUAAAAAUAGCCGGGCGUUGUGGCGGGUACCUAUAGUCUCAGCCGCUUGGGAGGCUGAGGUAAAAUAAUUGCUUGAGCCCAAGAGUUUGAGGUUGCCGUGAGCUAUGAGGCUACAGCACUCUACUGGGAAGUGACAAAGUGAGACUGUCUCAAAAAUAGAUAAAUAAGUGAAAUGGAAGCUUUAAUACAGCCCAGGGAAUCACAGCAUCCAAAGUGACAUCUGAGGAUUCAAUGUGAAAUUACUCAGCAGAAUUUUCUGGCACAACACUCCUCCACCCCACUGUGCCUCCCAUGUGUGGUGGGUCACAUCCCAUCCAUGGUCCAGUCCCCAACUGCAGGGGGGGUCAGGGGAGAAGAACCUGCACAGCAGAAAUACAAAUUCAAAAAUCUUAAUUUAUUGUAGACGCUUCUCACUUGGGUGGUAAUUCCAGUGUUUUAACAUUAAUAAAUACACAUUUGUUAAAAACCUCCAGUGUGUAAUCUCUGUCAUAAAGUCUUAAGUAGUAAAAAUAGGUUUAUAUUUUUCCUGUCUUAGUAAAACUGACAAUUGUUUUUUGGUAACAGUUCUGAUCAAAUUAAAAACUCAAGGGCGAAAUCAGCUGCAGAACAGUAAGUGAUGAUGUGAAGGUGGGGUGCUCAAAGGCUUGGAAAUAGCAAAACCUCUUCAUCCUUGGGAAACAUCCAGUCAGUGGCAGACAUCUGAAGAGACCAUCAUUGUGUGUCUUCAGACGGCCACUCACCUGUUAAGGCACAUUUGUAAUUCAUUCAGAUCUGAGGACGUGGGUCCCAUUUCACCCCCUUAGACUGCGUCAAGAAUGCUUCUCUCCUGUGCAGGCGUCUGUGGACAAGGCUCACAUUUUUAUCUGAGUAAAACAAGACCGUAUGGAAAUCUUUCCGUUUUAUUUGAUCUCAUCUUAUUUUGUGGUUGCCCAUAUUUGGAAGCAGCUGUGUUGAUCAUUUAUUUGGGCACCUGAUCUGAAGAACAAAGGAAACAGUGGAAUCAAAUGUGUCUGAAGUUCUGGGCUCCACUCCACAGCCCUCUGGGCCUCGCUGCGCCAGCUGCCCACAAUGGGACAGUUAGAGCCAGUCCUUGGUAUGAGUUUCCAAAAACAGUUUGGUAACCAUUGAAAAGUAUGGCUGUGGCUUUGUCCCUCUUCACAAUUGGCCAUUUGAAGCAAAAUGAAGUAAUUGGUCAGACUCUGGGGGGUGGGACCCCCGCCUGCCUGGAGAUCCUUGGAGUCUCAGCGAGAAAAUUGGCAGGAAGGAAUGUGACAUCUUGGAAGACCUCAUGCCUCCAUCUGAAUUGGGAACUUGUGAACACGUCAAGAUCCCACCAGGGGCAAGAACACAGGGACAGAGGAAGUCCCCACCUGCAGCCCUGUGCUAUCUGGGAAGGGCUCCAGCGAGGGCGCCAGGCCCACAGUGGGGGCUGGCAGGGGGUGGAGGUGGCAGUCAGGAAAUGACUGGCUGUGAAACUAGUUGUGUGGUGACUGCUUUCCACACUGGCCUGCCCAAUCCCACACCUCCCUAUCUUGGACCUACCCCUCAGGGCAAACGCAUGCAACAGCAAACACGCUGGGUGUUUGGAAGACCCGCGGAGAUGCGCACGGGCCCCUAGCAGGAACUUUGUAUGACUCAGUUUUAACCUCACCACUAACGUACUUUCCACCUUUGUUCUGUCUGGACACCAGUUGUGUCCAUGCAUGCCAGAUUCAAGUACAACUGUGCAAGCUUCCUUACAUAAGAAAUAAGAGAUCAUGCCACGGAUCUCCCAGUAUCAACAAAAUAUACAUAGGUUUUCACCUGCUCAGAGUCCCCUACAAAUAUAUAAAAGUAUCUGCACCUUUUCAGCAUAGCAGUCUGCCUUAAGACAAGGGUGCCUUCACAAAGGGCUGUCCAGGCUGCUGGCCGUGUGCCCGUCCUACAGGGAGAUGCAUGCACGGCAGCCAGACCUCAGUCUUUGGUCUGUGCCCAGCAUCCAUGAACUGUGUGGUCUGCUCACAGAGAGGCCAGCAGUGCGGUUUUGGCUGUAUGCAGUCCAAGGACCAUGCCGGCCAGCUGAGCAGUCCACACGUCCCUCGCACCUAUGGGCUUUGGCACUUGUCACAGGGUCUGACUAACCCUGAGCCCCUGGGAGAUCUGAGGGCUGUCUGUCUGGACUGUCAGUUGUGGGGUGGCCACUGGGAGGACCUCCCAUACCCAGGCCCUGCUUCAGUCCAUGGGCAGUGGUCCCUCGGGCUCCAAGAUCCCAGGGCUGUACGACGCAGCACGCUGUAUAGCGGUGAUAGCUUGCCUCAUGGUUUCCUGAUGAUUCAAAUUGAAGUUUCGUUACUGCCUCUGCACGUGGGAAGAAGCCAUCGGGCAGGUGGAAGGUCAGUGAGGAGGGCAGCCAGGUGGAGUACAAGGUCACACAGGGGCAGAAUCCCCCCACUUAGGAAAAGAUGACACGGGGGCUCCAGGGAAGGCAAGCUUAGAUUGGAUGCAGCUGCCUUGUAAGGCAGGAUGGCCCCCAGUUCUGACACCUUCUCUGCAGCACACGGAGUAUCAAGAUUAGAAACGAACUCACUUUUUUUUGUUUUGAGAUCACACCCUGUCACCCCAGCUUGAGUAUAGUGGUGUCAUCAUAGCUUACUGCCUCUAACUCCUGUGCUCACGUGAUCCUCUUGCCUCAACCUCCCAGAGUGCUG